AAGCACUAAAGCGCCUGCUCGCCGUGCCAAACCGCCAUUCCACUUCUGACCGUUCGAAGCAUGGGUCGCGCAUUCUUGGUAACCAUCUUGAUGGCUCUGAUUCCUGAACCAGGUGUUCACAGCGUGCACUACGGCAUGCUUUUGGGCGACCUGGAGAAAGUGCCACCUGCAACGGACGCUGUUGCUACUGGCAAAGUGUACGCUGCGACCGAUGCUAUCUUCCUUGUAGCGGACUUUGUGCACGACAAAGUAAAAGGAACGGCCACUUUCGCCCUCUUCAAAGAGGGCGACAAGGAUCCCGAUGUGACGAAGGGCGAUGAGAGUAACCUCGAAGCCAAAUACAAUGAUGUCUCGACAUAUUCGAAAGGAGCUGUCGUAGCAGUGCUGAAGCUGAAGAGUGGAAAGAUCGCGGAUUACAAAUGGCUUGGCUUGUGGGACAAGAAAGUGGUCCACGUGGCACUAAAGAUACCGGCAGCGACGGCGCCGACAGCCCUAGACCUCAGCGCCUUCAAAGAUUCGGCGGGUGCAGCUGCUACAAAAGUUACAGCUACGAAGGUGACAGUCGUGGACUCUGUUUCUGUGACCCUUGCAGGUUUCAAGUACUCAGAAUCGUGUGCAAAAGCCAAGGUCCUGGUGGGAAGCACUACCGAUAAGAAGCCCAGUGCCACGUGCAAAGUCGAAAAUGAAAAAGAUGGCAAAGAAAUAACUGCAGCAGCCGCCGCCGCGGAUUUGAAGUUGUACCUUCCUCCUAACCGUGAUUGGUCCGAAGCCAAAUGGAUAUCUGUCUACUGCGUGGAUGCUGGCAAAGAGGGUCUUCUGGCCAGCGUCGAUCUACCGGACAUGAAGGACAUGAAGUUUCCCGUGUCCAAUCCAAUUAGCCUGGCCACACCGACGACGACGACGACGACGUCGACGACAACAAAAAAACCAAAAACCACGACUCACAAGCCACACAAGAAGGCAGCCAGUACAGCAAGACCGUCAUUCUGCUUCGUCGCCAUGGUCGCACUUGUGACGGUUAUCUUUGGUGCUAAGUGUAGUAGUGUGUUGCUGAAAGGAGAGCGGGAAAAGAAUGAUUGGAACGGAGAAGCCUAAGGCGAGCUUCGCCUCGCCAGCGCCGACAGCGCAGUGAAACCUUACCAAACAGAGCAUAAUAGAACUCUACAACCAAGCAAACUUCGCAUGCGACGUAACAGGCGUAGGGCAUAUAGCGACAUGACAACGCUAUUUGCAAUAAAAUUAUUUUUUACGCA